UCAACUUAUCAUUUCCCCCCAUCCACUCAAACCACCCUCAUCUUACAAAUACCCUCACUCACCUUCACCUCUCAGUCACAUAUCACAACUUCACUAUUUUAACAUUUAGGCAGCAAUGUUGCAUACACACAACAAUAAUCUAGAGAGAGAAACCAAGAGAGAGAAACACAACAUUUCCAUAAACGACCACAACGACAUAUUAAUCGAAGUGUUGCAAAGACUCGACGGCCGGUCGUUAGCUGCGGCGGCGUGUGUGUGUAAAAAAUGGUGUUCCAUUGUACGGAACGAUGCAUUAUGGGAACACUUAUGUUUCCGCCAGUUGUCUGUGCCGCCGUCAGUUGGUGUUCGGUCGGUGGUGCUGGCGCUUGGUGGGUACCGGAGGUUGUAUUUAAUGUGUGUUCGGCCGGUGGUGAGCCGGCUGAAGAAAAGGAGGAGCAACGGUGGUGAUACGGAGGUGGUGCGGCGGGUGUGGAACCGGAAUGAGGUGGAGUUGUCGUUGUCGUUGUUUUGUGUGGAGUAUUAUGAGCGGUUGUUGUUGGGCGACGGUGGGGCGGUUGGUGGUGGUGAGUCGGCGGCGAAGUCGUUAAGGUUUUUAUGUAAGACGGUGAACGUCUAAGUGUUUUAAGGUAGGGAUGAGCAAAUGGUAUCUGGUAUCGUAUUAAACUGUAUCGUAUCGAGCAUUUUCGGCACGAAUAUCGGAUGCAAAUGAUGUUUUGUUAGAAGUGUUUGUUGGUUUUUUGGGAUUUUUUAUUUGUUUUGUUUGAGUUGGCAAUAAUGAGCAAGAGAUUUUGUUUA